AUGGCAACCCCUACAAGCCAAAUUCCUAUCCGAAUUAAAGGUCAAACGACAUGUUUUCACCACAAGGGCAGAAAACUAGAUUUAUAUUGUGAAAAAUGUCAAGAACUGGCUUGUCCAAAAUGCCCUUCUUCUAUCCAUAAAGGCCAUUUCGUUUGUGAGCUAAGUGAAAUCUCUCCUCAGAAAGAACCAGACAUUAAAAACUUUAUGGACAGAACAAAAAAAAAUAACCUUGUGCAAAUUGGGAAAUAUAUCACCGCUACUGAUACGCUCCUUAAAGACAACACCAGUACUUUUGACAAGUUGUCACAACAGUUAAAAUCACAAACAGAUAAAUUAAAACAAGAGCUGGACAUGCUUACAUCACAGACACUCUCUCUUUACAACAAAAUGAAAGAAGAAAACACAAAUCUAAUUAAGAAAUACAAACAGGACCUGGAGAUGUACGAGAAGCAACUCAAACAACAAAUUCAAGAAUUCAAAGCAGCUUUCCAGCGUGGUUCACACAUACAGAUUUAUGAUGCAUUUUGUGAGAUCCUUUCUCCUACUCACAGUCUCCCUGUAAAACCUGUCCUAGGUACUGCCAACUUCACUCCAAAAAAAUGUCCUCAAGAUUACUUGAAAAAAGCUUUGGGAAAAGUCUCAACAUCUCAUGAUAUGGGACAACCCUCUAAACAAAAACAACAGCCAGGAACAAAAGUGAAGAAAGCAGUGACAGCAAACAAACUACUACCACAGACCAAUGUAGUGGAGGAGUGGAAGUCUCCAUGUGACAAUGAUUCUAUGUCCCACCACUAA